AUGGAGUCGUUGAUUCCGACAAUAAAUAAAUUGCAAGAUGUUUUCGCGGCUGUCGGAGCACGAGAAGCUGAGAUUCAACUGCCGCAAAUUGUCGUCGUUGGAUCACAGAGUGCCGGCAAAAGCUCCGUGAUCGAGGCGGUCGUUGGACGUGAUUUUCUGCCCAGAGGUGUUGGCAUAGUCACCCGAAGGCCGCUCCUUUUGCAGCUCUGCCAUGUGCCACUAAAUGAAAGGGAAACUCGACAAGGACGGAAAGAUGAUUGGGCUCGUUUCGAGCACACAGGAGAAAAAAUUUUCGAGGAUUUUGAGUUGGUUAGAAAAGAAAUUGAAGACGAAACAGAUCGUCUCACAGGAAGUAACAAGGGUAUCGCCGCUGCACCAAUUUCCCUAAAGAUUUUUUCCCAUCGGGUUGUCAAUCUGACAUUGGUCGAUUUACCCGGAAUGACGAAAUUGCCUGUAGGGGAUCAGCCAACAAAUAUCGAGGAACAAAUUCGAGAAAUGAUCAUGCAUUACAUCACAAAUCCCAACUCAAUCAUUUUGGCCGUCACUCCUGCGAAUCAGGAUUUUGCGACAUCAGAGCCACUCAAAAUGGCAAGAGAUGUUGAUCCAGAAGGUGCUCGAACAUUGGCGGUGCUGACAAAAUUGGAUUUGAUGGACCAUGGCACGGAUGCGCUGGAUGUGUUGACUGGACAACUCGUACAAGUCAAACUAGGGAUCAUCGGUGUUGUGAAUCGAUCACAGGCUGACAUUAAAAACAAGAAGCCUAUCGACGAGGCGUUGAGAGAUGAAGAAGGAUAUUUGGUUCGCAAGUACCCAACGCUUGCAACACGGCAAGGCACCCGCUAUUUGGCAAAGACGCUGAAUCGGUUGCUGAUGCAUCACAUUCGAGAAUGUCUGCCAUCGCUGAAGAAUCGAGUGAAUGUUCUGAUGGGACAAUGUGUCACUUUGCUAAACAGUUACGGAGAACCGGUUGAAGAUAAAAAUCGAACCCUUCUGCAAAUUAUUACAAGGUUUUCAACAGCCUACACAACAACAAUCGAAGGAACCGCUCGUAACAUUGAAACACAAGAAUUGUGUGGUGGUGCUCGCAUUUGUUACAUCUUCCAUGAAACGUUAGCAAAAACGCUUGAAGGAAUCGAUCCACUGGAACACCUCGAUACGCUUGAUAUUCUUACUGCAAUCAGGAAUGCAACUGGCCCAAGACCAGCACUUUUCGUGCCAGAAGUGGCCUUUGAGCUUCUUGUUAAGCGUCAAAUACAGCGUCUUGAAGAACCCUCCUUGCGAUGUGUUGACCUUGUCCAUGAAGAACUGCAACGAAUCGUGCAACAUUGCGGAAAUGAGAUACAGCAGGAGAUGGCUCGUUUCCCUCAUUUAUUUGAAAGAAUCAAAGAUGUGGUGGCAAAUGUAUUGAAGAGUCGAUUGAAACAGACAAAUUCGCUGGUCGAAAGUUUGGUGGCAAUCGAGUUGGCCUACAUAAACACACGACAUCCCGAAUUCACCGACGCUAAUCUUGUUACGUUAAUUAAGGAUUCAUUCGUCGACAACGUGGCCGAACGUGAAGCCCGGGUCAAACAACGAAAUGCGGCGGUGGAUCGAGCAGCGAGCGUUCAUGAGUCUCAGCGAAUGAUGGAAUUUUCGGUGCGGGCUCGAGCUGAAUCACUGAAUCAACCUCCUAACACAGUAUCGCCUCAAGCAAGACCACAACGUCCUCCAUACGAAUUGCCGAGUGUUCCCGGAGCAAAUCGUCGCGAUGUCCCCUCGGUUCACUUUGCGAAUGUCAAUCUUGUGUAUGAGUUCAAUGGACACGCAGAGCCGGCACAAAACCAACAACAACGUACACGAGAUGAUUUACAGUUAGCCCAACAGCUUGCCCAGACACAAAUCCCACAACAUGCCGCUCAGCGCAGUGGCAUCUUCACGCAAUUGUUUGGAGGAAACUCUCAACAACGACCUCAAGCUGUUGAUCCAUCACAACCAGGUACACCCCGUCGUCCUGUAAACUUUUUGCCUGAAGUUCCUGAAAAGCCUCCAGCUCGCAAAUUGACUUCAAAAGAACAAAGAGAUUGCGAAAUUAUUGAACGCUUGAUAAAGAGCUACUUCUUCAUUGUUCGUAAGAAUGUCCAGGAUUCGGUGCCGAAAGCCAUUAUGCACAACAUGGUCAACUUUGUUCGGGAGAACUUGCAAUCAGAGUUGGUGCGAACUCUCUACGAUCCGUCAACAUUGGACGAACUACUUUGCGAGAAUAAAUUUAUGGCUCAGAAGCGCAAGGACACUGCAAUAAUGCUCGAGACUCUCCACAAAGCCGUCGGAAUCAUCGGAGAAGUGAGGGAAACGUAUCUUCUC